GCCAAUGAUUGACCAAGAAGGCCUACCAGUCUACCACCCAUGAAUCUAUAAAGAAACUAUAAAAGUAGUCCCCAUGCCCUAUCCGUUCUGUCUAACCAUCGAGCAUUUGCCAAGCUGCAGCACGCAACACCUUCUACUUUUCUCCCUCCCUCCCUCUGCCUUUACUCCCUUUAGCUCCCUCCCUUUCCGCAUCUCGCCAUGGCUUCUGUCGAGAGCUUCGCCCACGGAAGUGAACCCGGCGAGGAAGCCACCGAGCUCGAGAUACCAGAAGUCGAUGGGGCGCUCCUCCGAGAAAUACUCGAGGAGCUCGACAAGGACAACAUAGCCAUGGGCAGUGGCAAUGGCGGCGGCAGGGGGGAGUACGUCGUGCAGCCACUGGAGGUUCACCAUCACCCUAACCCCGUCGCGGACGCCCCGAGCUCCGAGCAGGAACGCGUCCUGGCCCAAGACCUGGAUUGGCUCGAGGACCUGGUGCUACCAGGUGACGAAGUGAAGAUGGGUUGGUAUGGGGAUGAGAUGGUGGGGGCCAUGGAGUUUCACUAUGUUGUGGAAGAUGGUAAUUGGGAGUUCUACGAUAGGAUUGCCUCUGAGGACAUGGGAUUCUAGGAAUGUUGUUGUGGGGAUUAAAACUCAUGCCAAAAGUUCUAUCGUCUCUCCCCUUUUUCCAUGAUGUUGCCCGACUCGUCAUGCCUGGCUUAGCCUAAGUGUGGCGAUUCCAGUUAUUCUCCUCCAAUUAUCUUUUGACCCCGUUUCUUUGUUA